AUGGCGAGGUUGCUCCUAUUCCUUUACCAGCUGUCGGCCCGUUGGCCGAAGGGGUUGAAGACGAAAGAGGAGCCUAUCGAUCAUCGACGCGAGGAGGCUGUUGAGGCUGUUGAGGCUGUUAACAGUUACGAAGACGACGACCCUGCGGAGCGUGAUCCACCUCUACCUCCUGACGAUGGUCACGAGUACCGUCCUUAUCGUGUCGGUCGCAAUCCGGGCCUGCUCGAGAACAUUAACGAGGGCAACACUCUACCGGUUCGCACGCGUGCUCAGCGUCGCGUCGCCGCCCUCAGUAUUGUGUCCACGCGCAAGGUCCUUCGUCGUGAACCAGAGCUCAUCGCUUCGGUCUCCACUCGUCAUCCACCGCUUCCCAAGACCUUCAAGGAUGCGAUGGUUUCGCCCGAGGCCGAGUCCUGGUUCGCUGCGUCGGUCAAGGAACUCAACUCCAUGGGCUUGCACAAGGUGUUCAAGCUUUCAAGGCCACCUACUGGGGCUCGUGCCCUCGGCUUUCCUUGGGUGUUUACUCGAAAGGAAGACGCCGAGGGCAACAUCAUCAGCUACAAGGCUUGGCUAGUCGUCCAAGGCUUUUCUCCACGACUGGGGAUCGACUACAACAAGAUGUCUGCUCCUGUCUCGUCGAUCACGACAAUCUUGUUCGUCGUCGGCCUUUGUGCCGCUCGCGGACUGGUCCUGACUUCUCGGCGUCGCUACCUCUCUUCUAUCGGAAGUCUAUCUUCCGCGCUCGCAUGUUUUCUGCGAUAG